AUGAAUGGAAAGGCUGAGCUCAAGGAAGAGCUUAUCAAUUACAUUUUGAUGAAAAAGUAUGGAAAGAAACCUGAGGAUCCUCCAGUGUAUUCCAACGCAUUGGGAAGAAUGCCUAAGGAUGUUUUUCCUGCAGGGAUUGUAGAUAUCCUUGAUUCCUAUUCCAUAAGCCCUAGCCGUGAAGAAGGAGUGGGUUUUCUGGUAUCACUAAACUCUCUUGUAAACAGGAUUGAUUCUGGUGAACUGAAAGACAUUAUAUUUGGAAUGAUCAACAUAAAUCAGGUUCUUAACAGGCUUAUGAAGGACAAGAAAGAAAUGGAAAAGUUCCCUGAGGUUUGCAGGAUGUAUUCGGAGCAGUUCAAAGCAAACAAGUGCCUACUCAAAGAUUUCAACACUAGUUUUAAUAAGGAACAAGGAAAUCUUGAAAUAGAUGAGCCUUCUGGGAACGUUGUGACUAGAUUUCCUCCAGAACCUAACGGGCGCCUUCAUAUUGGGCAUGCAAGGGCGGCAUUACUGAAUUGGUAUUUUGCAAGCAAGGGGAAGGGUAAGCUUCUCGUUAGGUUUGAUGAUACGAACCCAGAAAAGGAAGAAGAGAGGUUUGAAAAAGGGAUACUGGAGGACCUCAAACUUUUGGGGAUAGAAGAGUACACACUCUCUCAUACCAGUGACUACUUUGAGAAAAUAAUAGAUUUGGCCUUUUUCUUGAUUGAUGAAGGAAAAGCCUAUACGGACAAUACACCGCAAGAGGUGAUGAGGGAUGAGAGAGGAAAGGGUAUUGAGUCUAGAUGUAGAAAUACAAGUGCAGAGGAAAGUAGAAGAACAUUUGAGGAAAUGAUCAAUGGAAAGGCUUCAGGAUAUUGUCUAAGGGCAAAGAUUGAUAUGUCCAACUGUAACAAGGCCAUGAGGGACCCUGUUAUUUUUAGAACGAACGGGUCUCCUCACCAUAGAACAGGGGACAAAUACAAGGUCUAUCCUACAUAUGACUUUGCAUGCCCUGUUGUUGACAGCCUUGAAGGGGUUACACUAUCUCUCAGGACAAAUGAGUACAGAGAUAGGAAUCAGCAGUACUAUUGGUUUAUUGACAACCUCCAGCUUAGUAACAGACCUAAAAUCCAUGAUUUCUCGAGACUCAACUUUGAGAAUACCGUUCUUAGCAAACGAAAGCUCAAGUACUAUGUUGACAAUGGAUUUGUAUCUGGGUGGGAUGAUCCAAGAUUGGCAACUGUUGCAGGAAUAAAAAGGCUUGGAAUGAGUAUGGAAGUUCUUCGGGAAUACAUACUAAUGCAAGGAGUCUCUCAGAAGACUUGCACUAUAUCCUGGGACAAAGUUUGGGCAAUGAACAAGAAAAAGAUAGAUCCUGUUGCUGCAAGGUAUUUUUGUGUCCAGCAAAGGAACGUUGUGGAAGUAUCUAUCGAAAACAUGUCUGAAUAUAUGAUGGAGGUCCCCAAGCAUAAGAAGAAUGGGAAUCUUGGAGUAAAGGAAGUUUUGUAUUCGAACCUGAUGCUACUUUCUCAAGAGGAUGGUAAGGUGCUUCAGGACGAUGAGGAAUUCACACUGAUGAACUGGGGGAAUGCAAUUGUAAAGAAAAAAACCGUUGUAGAUGGAAUAGUGACGAAGAUGUCCAUUGUACUAAACCUUGAGGGAGACUUUAAACAGACAAAAAAUAAGAUAUCCUGGGUUUCUAAAAGAGGCUCUGUAAUUGUCGAGCUUACCGAGUAUGGCAACCUGAUGAAUGAUGAAGAUACUGACGACUUAGACAUGAAAUUCAACAAGGAUUCCAUUAAAAAGGAAUAUUGUUAUGCAGAGUCUGCUGUCGUAAACAUUAAGGAGGGUGAUGUGAUACAAUUUGAACGGAAUGGCUUUUAUUACUGCGACAGAUUUUUAGUAUUUAAUCUACUACCCUUUACUAAGCAAAAGAGAACAGCCAAUUAA